UAUAUUUCCAAAAGUAUUGGGUCACCUGGUCAUAAUUAUAUAUAUAUGUAUCUGGAUUAGAGUUUAAAUGUAAAUUUAAAUAACUGCAUCGAUUGACUGCGGAAUCGAUUCGUGAGUCGAUUCCGCGUCUCUUAGCAACGGGGAUUGUUUGCAGGUCGGCGUCUAGCUCGACGUUCGGACCAGAGGCAGAUCCGCAAAUAAUCCGGUAAAAAUAAAACUCAUUCUUCCUUCUUUAAAAGUUGGUAAAAGUCAUAAUCAGGCGCAGGUGACCAACAUGAAACGAGUGGAGCUCGUAUCUGAUCGAGUCGCAGCCGCUCGUCUGGAAACCAGGAGGAACCGGGAGCUGCAGAGACAGGAGCGCAUUUUCAACUCCAAAGUCCGGACUAUAGGAAUCGAUAAAGAAGCUCUUGAGCAUCAGGUGCAGGAGAAAAGAUCUCGACAAGAAUCAGAAUCCAGAGCACUCAGGGAAUAUGCCGACGAACUCAUACGCACCGACCGAACUGCUUGUCUCCUGGAGAGCAGACAAAAGCAGGAUGAACGUCUUCUAGCGGAGACCAUCUUGAACUUCCGCCAGCAGUUCCAGCAGCCCAGCAGCAGGCGCGAGUUCGAUCUGAAUGACCCUAACGUGCUGAAGAAGCAGGAAGGUGUGCGCAUUUUGCCCGGGUUGGCAGGCGAGGACCCGGACAGUGCAGACAGGACACGGAGACAGCGGGAGCAGCUGAGAAACUGGAGCUUACAGCAGCAGAAGGAGCUGGACCGUGCGAAGGAGCUGCAAAGCCUGCAAGCUCAGCGGUACAAUCAAAGUAGAAUAACCCUGGAUAACCGAGCCGUCGAGCUGCAGAAGAUGGAGGAAGAGCACAAAAGAGCCACCAACAUUAUCAUCAAGAACUUUAAUCGAGCUCUGGCACUGGAAUCGCGAGAGCGGAGAGAAAUGGACCGUCAUCAGGAAGAGAAGAGCAACUGUGCUGAUAUCCUGAACCAGCUGCAGGGGGAGCUGCUAAGCGAGAGCACCAGAACAGGAAGAGACAGCUUCAAGGGUAUGACACCCGAGCAGAUCCAAGAAUUCAUCAAUUUUCAGAGACAGCAAGCUGAGGAGAAGAAGCGUGUUUGCAUGGAGCAAAAGCAGAAGCAGUUGCAGGAGGACCGCCUGAAUGCUGCUUUGGCUCGGGCUGCACUGCUACGGGAGAGACAGCAGGCAAGACUUUACAAGGAGCUGCGCAGCGCUGUGGAUAAAACCAACAUGCAGCUGGCCCAGGCUCAGCAUGAACAGAGGAAGAAUGAGGUUUACACCAAUAUCCCUCAUGAGAGCUUCUUCUCCCAGUUCAAUAAGUGCAGCAGAUGAAAGUUCGAAUGCCCUCUCCGGCCGGCACGUCUUUCUCGUCCACUUGGUGGCGCUCUCCUCCUGGGCUAGCGUCUCGAUCCUCUUUAUUGGCGUCGCCAGACUGAAACAGAGCGCACUGAUUAGUCUCAUCAGCUUCAGGUGUUUCUUUCCACUCGUUCUGUCCUGCUUCGUCCUCCACUCGCUCACAUCUGGAACAGUAUAAUUUACAGCAGCCAUAUCGAGCAGAAUAAAUGAUUAUUAUGAGCACCUACUACAGGAGCUCAUCUGUUCGGACCAGCCUUCGCUUCUCACAAGCAUCAGUAAGCCUCAUGACCCUGUCGCCGGUUCACCACUGUUCCUUCUUUGGAGCACUUUUGAUAGACACUCAUGACUGCAGACCAGGAACA